AUGGGGGAAAUGAUGAUAGACUCGCUGAUUGAGAACAUCGUUGCCAGUGGCACGUACGAUGAUGAUUUUCUCCAUAGAAUUGUUCUGGUUCUUCUAGGCACGGUUCUUGCACCGCAGUCCACGAAAGAAGUUCCUAAUGCUUAUUACAAGUUAGUGCACGAUGUGGAGGCCAUCAAAGCAUUUAAUUGGAACGCGUUUACUUUACGCGUUUGCAUUGAAGGCUUCACAAAGACCUUAUCAGAUCUUACAAAAUUUACUUGGCCGAUCGGAAACCUUGCCCUCCUACAGUACUUGUUUUGGGAGAAAGUGCAGCCACUGGAUGAUGAGGCAUUUGAUCCAUUGGCUCAUGAAUAUCCGUUGAUGCUUAAUUGGUCAGAAGAUGAGGCUAAGAAGCGUGACGCGUACGACACGUCAUACGGCCGUGGUAAUGGGACGAUUGAUGACGUGAUAAGUGAGAAGUACAGGCAUACAUUAAUUGCUCAGCAAGGAAGAAAGGCGGAGGAAGAAUUAGAGCAAGAAAUAGAGCAAGAAGAUCGUGCCCAAAAAAAGAAAGAUAAUAGAGAUGAGGCUUCAUCGAGCAGGGAUAGUACAUUAGAUCAAGUGAUGAAAUACAUCAAAGAUAUGCAAAAAGAAAUUAGACUUCUCCCUCAGAAAUGUGCGGAGAUAGUAGUGGAGAAGCUGGAGAAGAAAGGUCUUGUAUUCAAGCCAAACAAGGGGUCUGAUGAUGAUAUUGAGUUUGUGGAGCAUAGUGAAGACUGGUGGGGAAAUGUAAAAUCAACUCCUGCAAAAGAAGAUAUGGACAACAGGGUGGACGCAUCCUUCACCACUGGGAACGGGAAUAAAUUGGCACGUGAGAAAGGUGUGCAUCACAGCACACCUGGUACAGGAGAUGAAGGAGACCCCUUCGUUAUUGAGGACAAUGGUCUGUUUGGUAUAAGAGCUGCUAUGAUUAAUACUGAUUACAUUAAUGAGGAUCAUAUAGAGGCCGCGAAGGUUUAUAUCCGGACACUGGCAGACUCAGAGAAGCUUUGCAGCAAAACUGUCGUGCACAUGACGGGAAUUGGUGGGGAAACAUGUACACCUGAAAUGCUUGAAGCCAUCAUUUCGAAAAAGUGGUUGCAUGGCGGUGUCAUCAAUAGUUAUUGCAACCUUAUGCAGACCCAUAAUCCUCGAGUUGACCGUCACAUAUUAUCAUCUUGGGUGUCCCAUUGGCUUAUUCUUCGUGCUGAUGGAAAGGUUAACAACUCUAAGAGGCAUUUUAUGGAUCACUUCACAAACCAAAGUAAAAUGGUGUCUAGAGUUAGUGAAGAGUAUUUCAUCAAAGAUAAGGCAUACUUUCCUUUUCAUGUGGAACAAAAUCAUUGGAUAACAGUUCUUAUGCACAACAAGAAAAAAGAGUUUCAAGUUUUAAACUCUACUGGUAAAUGCAGCAAAAGAGUUCUUGCAAAGAUUGCUAAGCUGAGGGCAGAAAUAGCAAAUGAUACAAAGGAGGUGAAUGCUCUUAUUGAAACGGAACAUCCUGACGUAUCAUCCUGGCCAAUAAGGGAGUACGAUAUGCCGUCACAAACAGACGGAGUCUCUUGUGGUCUUUUCGUGGUGAAAUGCGUUCAAAACUGGGACGGAGAUGAUUGGACAUUUGAGUUCGAUCAAGAUGAGGUUAAUGCUUCAAGGGGACGCAUUCUAGCUGAAAUACUUUUUUCAGAAUGCAACACGAAGGAAGUAGUGAAAGAGAAGAUCCUCAAGAUCAUGGAGAAGAAAUGA